AUUGGUUUAGGAGCUUCCUGAUUCCAUCUCAUCCUUAGCUGCCUACUUUCGCAUUAGAUCGAAAUCCUCUCCAAAGCGGAUCCAAAAUGUUUGUAUGUUUUAAGUGAUUACAUUUAAUGUUACGUAACAUUAUAGAGAAUAUAACUUUCGUUUCUAAGGGAAUCAAUCAAUCCGCUUUCUCGCGACAUAGCCAGCUGUCACUAUUGUUGACAGUGUGGAUUAUUUUGCUCGACGAGAACUGCAGCCAUGAUGGCGUCUAACUACAACGCUAAGGAAGAGGACGGGCACCAGCCUGCUGCUAUUGGCCAUGGAGGAGCAGGAACUGUCAAAAAUAAAAAGCCGGACAACACUGCGUUCAAACAACAAAGACUGCCCGCUUGGCAACCUAUUUUGACAGCCGGCACUGUUCUUCCUGCUUUCUUUGUCAUUGGUCUCAUCUUUAUCCCAAUCGGCAUUGGCCUAUUCGUGACAUCAAACAACAUCAAAGAGUUAGAGAUCGAUUACACUGGUGUUGACAUGUCAAGUCCGUGCUAUAACUGCUCUCAAAGCUACAGCUGGAACAGCACAAAGCCAUGUACCUGCUCUGUUCCCUUCUCUCUGGAUCAACCAUUUGAGAGCAACGUGUUCAUGUACUACGGAUUGUCAAACUUCUAUCAGAAUCACAGACGCUAUGUGAAGUCCAGAGAUGACAGCCAGUUGAAUGGAGACAAAGCUUCUCUGAAGAGCCCCAGCAAGGAAUGUGAGCCGUACCGCACCAGUGGCGAAAAGCCUAUCGCUCCAUGUGGCGCAAUCGCCAACAGCCUCUUCAAUGACACUCUGGAGCUGUAUUACAUUGACCCCAAUGGCUCCAGAACUGCGAUUCCUCUGGUGAAGAAGGGUAUUGCAUGGUGGACAGACAAGCAUGUGAAGUUUAGGAACCCCGGUGGAAACGACAACCUCACUGUAGUUUUCCAAGGUACCAGCAAACCUGUCAACUGGAGGAAAUCUGUCUAUGAGCUGGACCCUUCAGACCCUGACAACAAUGGCUUCAUCAAUGAGGAUUUCAUUGUGUGGAUGAGGACAGCUGCCCUGCCCACCUUCCGCAAGCUGUACCGCAUCAUCCAUAAGAAGCCCAACAUGACCCCGACUCUGCCCCUAGGACAAUACAUCCUGGAGGUCACCUACAAUUAUCCCGUGCGGAGCUUCGAGGGCAGGAAGCGUAUGAUCCUGAGCACCAUCUCCUGGAUGGGUGGCAAGAACCCCUUCCUGGGCAUUGCUUACAUCACCGUGGGCUCAGUCUGCUUCUUCCUGGGCAUCGUCCUCCUCAUCAUCCACCACAAAUAUGGCAACCGUAACCACAGUGCAGACAUUCACAGCUAAGUCUUCCUAGUAUGGAGACCGUACCUCCUCCUCCCUCUGCAUGCCUGGGUAUAGCCACCACUGGUCUGGCCCUGCUCUGCUCUGGACUGCUUGCUGAUUUAGCCUGGAUGCACUUGUCUUUGUUUGUUCAAAUGUUUGUGUUUUGUGUUGUAAUGUUAGCUCACUCAUCCCCACCUCCAGGGGAAGGCUGCAGUCUGGUGUUUGUUCAGAAGGUUGAUACAUUCAGCACAUUCCAGAUAGAUAUAUUUUGUGUAGAACUGACACAAUUGCUGAUUCUGAGACUAUAGUCUGUUCUACAAAAUAUAUUUCUAACGUUGUGCCCUCCUGAAUAAGCUCAAGGUGUGUGUUGUAGAGUGAGUGACACCCUGUAAACUAAUGGGAUGAGACACAAGAAGGCUCUGGGAGCUUAGGAUACUGUGUCUUUGUAUGACAUGACUGCUGAAAUGGUUGCCUGUGUACCUUAAGUACAUUGUGUAUUUCUAUUUAUCCAUAUGUUGUCUCAAAGGAGAACAUGUAUAUUAUUUGAGCAAUGCUUGUCAUGAUGCUUGUCAUAAAUGUCUCGAUACUGAAGGAUGUUUAUAUUUUUAACUAAGUUCCACACUCAUUAUGUAAUAUGUCCUGCUGGUGAACGUACUAAUGUAUUUCAUUUACAUACAUCUGAGGCUUAAAUGGGGAACAAAAGCUCAUAGCCAUGUUGCUCUGCUUUGUUCGUAAUGAGGGCCAACCAUUUUAAGGGAUAAAAGCAGUCAUAGAUUUUACCAAAUGUUCACAUACAGAUUGUAUUGACUCUCAACAAUUUGUUUGUCAAUGUCUAAUAGUUCAAUAUAUAAUCAAAAACAUUUUCUACAAAUUUUAUUUGAAAGUUUUUUUAUGGACCAAUGCUACUGACUUUGUCUCUACGAUGAUGCUUGACUAUCAAAAUCUAAUUCAAAACAAAUGUAUCAUUUCAAUGUUGACCAAAUGCUAUGCAUUUUACAAGUGUCACAUUUUGUUAUGCAGUUCCUACAUUUUUCAUUUGGUCAUUAUUUCUUUCAAAGCUAAUUCUGCCUUUUUAUUCUUUAAUAUGGUGUUGGAUAAUUUACUGAUAUUACAGAUGUUAAUAAAAUAAAAUGUUAUUGUUUUGA